CUGAGCACCCUCUUCACUUUCAAUCCAACCCUGCACUUGUCUGCAGAACAGAGACUAGACAAGCAGACCUGGUGAGCGAGGAACAGAGGGAUGUGAGAGACUUCAACGUGCAUUUGGACUCCAGAACAUUUUGUUUUCCCAUCAGGACACUGGCCAUGUCUGAGAGUAUUGGAAGGAAGGUACAGCCCUUCACAAUCGGGACGAAGCUGUCUGUCCCCGCUGUGCCCAAAUGCCAGGAGUUUACGCAGAGUUAUCUGCAAUGUCAGGACUUUGAUAACUGCAAACUCCAGCAGAACCUGAACUCGCUCUACCUCAGUCGACAGCAGGUCUGCGCGCACGGCCCAUGUCUGGUCUCGCCCACCGUCCAGCAGGUAGCCCCCGUGGAACACAACCAGGAGGACAUGGCCGCAGAGGACCACCUCAACCAAAAUGUUGCCCCUUCGUCUGCUGUUUCCAGAUCCAUCAAGAAGAUUACAAUCUCUGGGAAUAAGGAAAGAUCAGAGAACACUAUUUUAGUGGGACCGAGACAGCGAUCCCUUUUGAGAUCUACUUCAGAAAACCACAACAACAACAACAACAUCAGCAGCACAUCAGAUCCCAACAUUCCGAGGAUUGUGGGAGUCAACUGUGAGAACAAACCUAACUCUCACUUCAAGGUUUUUGUGAAAACUAACAGUUGCGAGGAUUAUUCAGCUGCGCAGGCACAAACCAGACCCAAACUAAAUGGAGAGAAGUCCGUCCAACAGUGCUCUGUUACAGCACACCCUUCAGAGGCAGGGCUCACUGGAAAACAUGAGGUCAGGGAAGAUGUUAACAAAAGAAAAGACAUUCUAAAGUCCACAUGGAGGCUGGAGAAAGACGCACACAGAAGUCAUCUUCACACUCUCAGUGACAAGCCAACAGAUGUUAUUUUGCAGAGCGACUGUCUCACUCAGCGCACAUCUCUCUUCAACAAGGAAGUACUACAGGCUGAGAUAUGGAUGAAAAGCAAAUUCCAAGACCUUAAGGAUGACUCCAAAAUUCAGCGCUGCCCCCUGCAGGACUGGGAUGAAGCCUCACAGAUACUCCAGAGAGACCUCAAAGACUUUGACAACACCCUCAUCCAACUCAACCAGACAGGUGAUCAACUUAUCUGCAAGCUGAAUCCGACCUCCGACCUUGUGAAGAAGCAACUUAGCCAGCUGAAAGACCAAUGGAACAUUCUGAAACAGACUGCUAGCAACCAAUCCAGGGUGUUGGGAGGGGCCAAAAAUUUGCAGGAGUUCAACAAAAAAGUGGACAAGCUAGAGGCCUGGAUUAAAGAGAAGGAAGAGGAGCAGUAUCUUGUAAAUGUCCUGGGGGCAAAUGUUGACAAAAUGCAGCUAACAAGAAGAAUUUUAGAUUUGAAACAGGAUGAGCAGUUAUACAGAACCCUCCACGAAGAGAUCAAUAACUUGGCCCAAAAACUGGAGAAACAAGGGAAGACAGAUAGCAAAAGCGUCUCCAGUAGGAGGAAAAACAUCAAUAAAAUGUGGCUGAAAGUCCAGUCUCAUCUGAAAAAACAUCAAGACAAUCUACAUCUCGCACUGGAGGUGUCCUCCUUCUACCAGCAAGCCGACAACACAUUGUUUGCUAUAAAUAACAUGAUGAAAAGCAUAAAUGCUUCCAAAGAGCCGGACCUCUUUGGAGACAGGGAAAUCCGUGACAUUGCCAGUCAAAUCAUGAUGUUAGAUGUGACUGUGUCGCAGCUGUCUAAUCUCCAUCCUGCCUUGGCUGCUGGUGUAACACAGAAGCAGAUUGAGCUCAAGAACUGCUGGGCAUCUCUUCAGAAGGUUUUCAGGAGUGACCGGACCACCCUCUCUCCCACGGGCUCAACAUUCACCAGGGAAGAUGCUGACCCCUUGACACCAGCCCAAGAAGUCCAUUGCAACAUGGGAACAGAGAGUCGAAGGAUCAUGGGAAAGCAGGGGACAGAAUGGCCCAGUCACCCUAAUGGUUAUACGAGUACAUCUGAAGGCCAUGGCAGUGCUAGGCAAAGCCAGCCACAACAAUCUGUGAACCACACCUCUUCACCCAUGGGAGAUGGCCCUGCCUUUGCAGAUGAUGUCAUAGUCAGUCAUCAGUCGAGGAGGGAAAGCAGGAAGCCUAGAGUUGCGCCCAAGCAUGCCACUGCCUCGCAAGGCCACCCACAGCUCCACAUCCAGCUCCAAAAGUUCACUGUGUCCGCUGACAAGACUCUGUCCUGGCUGAAAGAUAAUGUCUCAAUGGCUACACAAGUGUGUUCAAUAGCCACUUUCGAGGGCCUGGAGGCAGCCAGGAGGUGCCAGUAUGCAGUGCAACAAGAAAUCAUCACCAAUAAAGCCAGAAUAGAGGUGGUCAAACGAGAGGGCCAUGGGCUGGUCCGUGCACAGCACCCAGGCAGCGCCAAGAUAGAACAGUUCCUAAGCCAGCUGGAGGUGCUGUGGGAAGAGCUGCAGAGGAGGCACCAGAGGAAUGCUGGCUUCUUGCAGGCCUCCGAAGAUCUGGGCGUUAGGGUUGUAAAAGUACUACAGGCUCUGGGGAGCCUGGAGGCCUGGUUGGAGUCUGUAGAGCUUUCCAUGGAGGAGUCCUCACUAGCCAAUGACCCUGAAACCAUGACCAUAGCAGAGCGGGAGAGCUGUCUGCUGGAGAAAGAAGUAGCCAUACGCAGCCUGGAGCUCAGUACUCUCCGACAAGAAGUGGCGCGGCUCCACGGCCACGGUCACCCCCACACACAAGGCUUGCCAGCACGUAUGGAGGAGGUGGAGAGAAAAUACCAAAGUGUCCUAAGCGCCCUGACCCAGCAGAGUUCCAAGCUGCAGGACACGCGCAUGCUUAAUGAGUUCUUGGAGCGUGUGGAGCUGGAGGAGGGUCAGGAGUUUGACAGUAGUCAGUAUUGCUCGGUUCAGGUGGGACAUACCAAAGAAAUCACUUCGAAAGUCACUUCAUUAACCCAAUUUCCUCUCCACAGUAAGAACUCAUCAAUUCCUGACUUGCUGGGACUCCAAAGCAGUGGUGGGGGUGACCUUAUGGAUGGUAUGGGUGACCCUGUGAAAGAAUUACGAGAGGCUGUGGAGAUGCUGAAUGACACUGUGAGGGAGAGAGGCCGGUCACAGAAUCACGACCAGGCUUUACAGGAACUACUGAGCAAGCAAACCAGACUGGCUGUAUGCAUAGAGGAAUGUCUCUGCUGCUGCAAAGAACUCAACCUGGACAUCCUUGAGAAGGAGACAGACAUGGCCGUCCAGUGUGAGCUAGAUCACUGUGGCCUUGAGGCUCUGCAGGAGAGGCAUGACCAGCUGGAGAUUGACUAUGAAGUUCUCACCAACAAAGUGAAGGAGAUGGAGAAACAGGCUUCUUGUUUGAAGGAACUGUUCCCAGAGAGAGUGCAUGUACUGUGGGCUAAGAUUCAGGCAACACUACAGGCCUGGACAGAGUUGGGAAAAAGCGUGACAGAGAUCAAAUCACGUCUGCAAGAGUUUUGUCAUCUCCAAGACUUCUUCAGGAGCUACCUCACCAUGAUCUCAUGGACAGAAGACACCAGGUCAUGCAUUUUCUCAGAAACUUCCUUGCAUCUGAGAGAAGAUGGACCGAGUGUGCUGGCCACUGAGCUCGAUAUACAAAUCGAACAAAAGUUUGAGGAGUUUGAUGAGCUGGCAGCAACCGGGAGAAACAUUUUAGACAAAGAACACCACCUGUCUCAGAUGGUAGGAGAGCGCAUGGAUGAAUUGCAGAGUAUGCUUGGGUGGAUUUUGUUGCACUGGAGAGCGAAGAAACAAGAGUGGAUCCACAAGAAGAGUACACAGGAGCACUCAAUUGAUAACAUUUAUUCUGAGGCCACAUUGUACUCCCCAUUAACAGAGGCUAUAUAUUCUUAUGAGUCCUGUCAGGCUCCAAAUGCAAUCUCAGAAGAAAGCAAACCAAAGGCAGAAGGAGAAAGCCAGAUCUCAGAACUGUUUCCUGGAUAUGUGCAGCACCCAGAAGAUGGCUAUGAAGUCAUGAAAAGUAUCGGACAACGGGAGGGUGAGCCCCUGAUAUCAGAGUCUCCCACAUCCUCCAUCAUGGUCAUAAAAGAGCCCAGUAGUCCCUCUUUGGGGGGUGAGGUCAACCUCAUCCUAAGUUUUGGUAACACAGGAGACAACCAGGUUCAGGUGCUCAACUGUCCUGUUCGGCCCGAUGAGGUUGUGGAUGUGACUUCUGAGCCUCUCCACAGGCCCAUUGUGCCUGCCUGUAAAAACUUUUGGAAGCGCUGCCAAGGGCUUUUGGAAAAUACUUUGGGUAGUUUAAAGCGAAAGAAAAAGAUUUAUCGGCAGAGUGCAAACGAGGUGAGUACCUACUUGCAUGUUAAGGAUAACAACUUGGCUGUGGCUCCUGUGUAUGAGAGUAUCACACUGCCUCGCCAAAAGAGCCUCUCAACAGCCUCUCCUACAAUCUCACCGCCCUCCUCGUCACCAUCCGCAUCAAUGCCUGCUCCUCAGACCAGUGUUUCUUUUCACCCUUUGAAUGGGAGGACUUGCAACAGCUCCAUCUUCAGCAGCCUCAAAAGAAUGGGCAAGAAAAGAAAGAGAAAGAGAGACAGUCGCAGGCAUACUAUCCAAAAAGUAAUGGGGGUGGACGAGGAAACAGAUGAGCCUCAUUACACCAGUGAGACAAUCGCAUAUGACACUCAUACAUGGCCGCUGAAAGAGGGUCGGAGGAAGAAAAGUGCACCGCAGUGUGAGGAUGGAGUUGACGCUGUGUCUGACUUGCAGAGUCCCCUGUUGAGGGACACUGUGACAGAGUGUACUGGAGAGUACACUAUUACCCCAUAUGCUGUUUCACAGGGACCAGCCACCUCCAGUCAAGGGAGAGGCCACUGCAGAUUCCUCUCUUUGGGCUCUGUGUUGAGUUUUGACCUUCCCAAGGACAUGACCCUCAUCCCCAGCAUUCCGGAUAUCAUUACCAUUGCUCCUCCAGAGUCCAAGAAGGGAGCUGGGACUGAUCCAGAUGCCAACUUCCAGCGACACAUAGCCUUGAGUUCUUUCAAACAAGCUCGACCCUCGACGGCCAAUGCAGUAAGUGCAGCCGAAAUGCACUCCGAGACACACAUGUCUACAGUUGUUAAGAAAGACUUACCUCACAAUGGCUGCACUUUCAACACAACUCCUCCUGUCCCACAAGAAGAUGAGGAUCAGAUGGUACCAUGUAAUAACUUAUCCACAAAAAAGUUCAGUCAGCAGGAGGAUACAAAGCAGGAGUGGGAUAACAUGUCAUCAGUGAGUAAACCUGGAAAUGAUGACACCUGCCAGUCUUCCCAGCUCCCCAUUUAUGUGAACCAACCCCACCUGUCCACUACUGCUGCCCAUAAACACCAGUGCCCAAGUGUCCAUACUCUUAUUCGGGAUCUCAAUGGACACAAGUACCACAAAAGUGUGCACAACGAGAACCCAGGACAGUGUCCGCAUCAAGCUUCUCAUGUGGUUGUCAGCCUGAAGUCAGCUGUGAAUGUUCGUCAAGACUCGAUGGACUCUGGCGUCUCCAGCUCCAGCAGCAUCAAACUUUGUCCUGAUGCACCUUAUCCAGAUAAUCCUCAAAUUACUGGUGUAGUAGGGAAACUCAUGUCCCUCCAAGUGGGAUGCAUUGACUGCAGUAAGAUGACAGACUGUAUGGGCCCAUCAAAAGCCAGUGAAGAGCUACAAGAGCCUGUCCACCUGGAUCACCAACAGUUUGAGGAGGAAGAAGAAGAGCUGGAGGACAUCUGGAACCAAACUAACAAUUUCAGGCAAAGUAUCUGUUCAGACAUAAUAUACCAGCCUAACCAGGAAGAAUGCAUAUCUUUGGAUCAGCCGACUGAGUCCAUUCCCAGCUUGUCGCCCAGCAAAGCUCCAGUUAUGCUCUAUCGAAACCUGGCCACAGCCUCAGAACCCAACCUCUUUGUGGCUGAGCUGAGACUUCCGUCCGACAUCCAGAGCUUCCUGGGUCAUGACAAGGAUCCCAGUCCCCAAGGCCCACCACAGACCAUAAGAGACCGAAGGUCCUGGGCAGCCUUUCCAAAUAGGGAACAAGUUGGCAAGACAUCAGUUCUUUUGAAUGAAACAGCUGCUGAUCCAGUGAAGCUUCCAGAUGUUGUUGACAAUCAGAAAUACAUUUACCAAUACAGAGAAGAGGAGGAGGAGGAGUCAAAGGGUGUGGAGGAGAUGGACAAGAACACCGACAUUUCAAAGCACCAGGCAGCUCAAAAAGUUGAGGUCAUGAAUCUGCAGGACAGAUCAACAGCCACUAGAGGACGCUGUGACACCAUGGACAGACCUCCUGAGCUGCAAUCUAUGGAGGGAACUCUUGAGAGGAAGCAAAAGCUGCAACUUGGAGGAAAGAAAGCAGCCUCCAGAGGCUGGAGCUCAUAUCAUACGGUCUUACAUCGACACACCUUGUGCUUCUAUCAGGAUGGAAAGGAUACACUAAGGAGUUCUGCAUGUGGCCUUCCUCUGAACCUCAUUGGAGCUGAAUGUUCACCUGCACCAGAGUACACCAAAAAGCCAAACUGCUUCCGUUUAAGGCUGCGUGAUGGCUCAGAAUAUUUAUUCAAUGCUUUGUCACGCUUCAUGAUGAAGAAAUGGAUGAUGGGAAUACAGGCAAACACAGGUCCAAGUCAGUCUGCAUCUUCAUUAUCAAGCAUGCCAGUAGAUCAAGACAUCCCCUUUGCCUUAAGCCCUCCUCUUUGCUCAGGCUGCUAUGGUCUGGCUAAAUGCUUCUGCUCUACCCAGCAUGAUGUCACCUCCACUUUCCCCAGACGAAAACCCACUACCAAAGCGAUGGUUGUCCUCGCCAGAGAAUUCAACCACAUGCCACAGAGUCACCUGAGACAUUUAGAGGAGCAUUGGGGCAUCUCAUCUCCACAUGGACACUCCUGCAAUGACGAUAAUGAUGAUGAUGAGGAUGAUAAUGGCAGCUGUAAGCAGACAGUGACACACAGAAAUGAGAGAGAAAGCAGAGACAACACCUCUUCCACGCCUUUGUCCCAUUCAUGCAGCAGUAAGGACGGGCUGAGCAGCAAGCAUCGCUCCCACUCCUUCACUUCUGCAACGUAUCAGAAGAUCAAGCCUACCCAGCAGACGUCUGGAGGCCUGGAGAGAGGGUCUAACUACUGUGUGACACUGGUGCUGGGAGACAAGCCGUCAGACAGCAGAACCUCUGGAGCUCCUUCAGUGACAGUGGCUGGAUGGCAGCAGGACCCCUGCCAGAUGAGCUACACCAGCCUGCCACGGCCUCGCAACAAGUCUGUUUUUAAAAAGUUCUUUGGCAAAAAGGACCUGUAAGCGUCUAAUGUGCAGUGCACACGUUUUCAUUGAGAGCAAAAACUAUCUACUACUGACCAUAUUUAUAUUUAGCGGAGCUACCACGGUUUUAUUUGAAUAUGCGGGUUAAGAUAUGUCAUUUUUAUGAAAGAGUGUGUGUGUGUGUGUGUUUGUGUAUAGUUUUUUUGUGCACUGCGUAGUGAGUCUAAUUUUCACAUUUGCCUUACGUUUCUCUCCAGAUAGUCUUUUAUCGACGUACGUACAAAACAGCUGUGCAGUAAGUCCAUGUAGAAAUGACAUUUGCAUGCUAAGCCAAGUGAUAACGCCAACAAAAUAAUACAACUCAUUACGUUAUUGCUCCACAUAACCGCUCCCCUUCUCCAUUUACUCAGUGUGCGCCGCAUCCAAUUAUUUUCUUUUUACACAAAAGUCUGCAGUUUGAUACUGCUUGUUUGCUGGACACGUCUUCAAUAAGCGUGGACCAUUCGUAAUAAAACAUUCACAACUUUUUUUGUUCCUAACAGUGAGUUAUUCACUUCGAACUUAGUUUGUAUUGAUUUUUGUUGUUUUUGCAAGCUUUGUUGUUUUUGUCCACAGAGGGUCUGGAUUGAUGAACGAUGAAAAGAUUUUCUUUUUGCAUCGUGGAACCCGCCACCAUUAAAAACUGACGGUUCACCUGGUAAUCAAGUGUGAAGGCAUUGCAGCUGCUUAGUGAGCCAUAUGCAUUAUGUUUGCAAAAUUGUUUUGUUUAGCCAUGCAAAUUUAUUUUUUAAUCUCUUUAAGAUGUGAAAGGAUUAGCAAAGGGAUAUCUUUGGAGCUUUUUAAGAUUUGAAUUUGAAUGAAAUGUCAUACACACGUCCAGCCUUAUGGUGCAUACCUACUGCUCAACAACAACAGCAUGACUGUAACUUAACUGCCAUACAGUCAAACGUUGGUUUUCAUACGCCCCGGCUUUCGAAUGAGUCGCAUUUUACCAAAUAUUUUCACAAAAAGUUUGGCUUGGUUUAGGUACAAUAUUGCCCUGUGCUGUAUCGUUCCACGAAAUCAAGUGCCCAAACAAAACACCCUACACGAUGCUUCCUCACAUUUUUUUAUCGAGUGCCUCUGUAAACUAACCCGUCAUGAGGCCAAUGAUAGUUGCGAGUGCCAGCAAUUUGAUAAAGAAGGUGAGAAACACUCUCGAAUUUUGUCUUGCCAGGAUUUGCAGGAAGUCCGCAUCAACUACAAGUUCCAUCCAUUCGUCAUUUAUAAUAAUAAUAAUAAUAAUAAUAAUAAUGGAUUCGAUUUUAUAGUGCUUUUCAGGGCACCCAAAGCACUUCGCAAUGAAGUGAACCCGUUAUUCAUUCACUCCUCAGUCACACACUGGUGGUGGCAAUCAACAUUUGUAGCCACAGCUGCCCUGGGCUAGUCUGAUGGAAACGUGGCUGCCAAUUCGUGCAGACGGCCUCUCUGACCACCACCAAACAUUCAUUCGCAUUCAUACACCAGUGUGGGCAGCACCGGAGGCAAGGUGGGUGAAGCGUCUUGCCCAGGGACACAACGACACUGACUUUCCGGAUUACCUGCUUUACCUCCCGAGCCACUGCCGCCCUGGCAAUACUUUAUGAUUAUUUUUGCAUGUAAAACUAACCUAUAAUUAUUCUCUAUAAAAUGUAUUUUGGUUAAUAUUAUUGGGUGUCUGGAACUGAUUCAUUGAAUUUACAUGAUUUCCUAUGGGGGAAAAUUGCCUCGGUUUUUGUCGGACGUUUUGGAACAAAUUGAUGACAAAAAUCGAGAUUCUGCUACACUUUUCAGGAGCAGUGUAUCACCAAACAGAUGUUUUGGCCCAACAACCGCCUCACCUGUCAGUUUCACAUAGCACAGCCAAGAUACCGCAUAUUUGGCACGUACAGUGUGUAUACCGUGUGUGUAUGCACACAUGCACACAGCCGCUGCAGAAACACACGUGAUUGAAACAGAACAACAAGCGCCUGCAUUUUUUUAGUCCAAAUUUGCCAAAUUCAUCUCUCGGAAGCAUCCAUCAUUGCAGGUCAGCAAGCUGUGAGUCAUUACCGCGUCUGCACUGGGUUGCAACCACGCACGGUACAUCUUGUUCAAUGUAUACGGGAAUGUGUCCACACUAGUUAUUAUGUUCUCUCCAUGUACUCUCAGGCAAGGUUGGGGCAGUACACACAGAGCAUCUACGCUACAGUCUGUGAUUCUCGACGUGAAAGAGGGGAUCUCUAGAUAUGUUCAAGGUCUUUUCACACCAAACACACCCAGGCAUGGGUUUAUGCGUUGUCCUUUCCUUUAGCAGAAGCAUCGGAAUGUUCGAAAUAUCUCGGUAAAGUUACACAUUAAGAUUCAACAUAAGACAGAAGAUGACGGCCAGCUUGAUUUGCGUUCAGUUUGAAAACGACACGCACGUGCACAAAGGGAACACGACCCCAACGAUUGAUCACCGUGCCCCUAAUCUUUGUGUCCUCUCAGUGAACUUUUAACCUCUGCAUGAUCCGCUGACAUUUCUCAUCACUUCAACCACUGCUGUAAGGGAGGUUCACCCCUCCCCCUCGGUGACACAGUUGACUGUACAAUGCAUUUCACUGGUGCGUCACCACUCGUUGAAUUGAAGGCCAACAGAGUGAAGUGAGGGAUAAACGCAACACAAAAUACAACUGUGUAAUGUAUUGAUUGUGCUUUCCACAAAGAACCAUCAAGGAAGUGUGAUCAGGCCUCUUCCGGUGGUGGUAAGGUUGCUUGGCGAUUUGUUUUGCAAGGGAAGUAUUUUAUAAAUUAUUAAGGGGAGGGGAUGUGCUCAUUUCACGCUCGAGCUUUGAACUCGGAUGCAAAAGCGGAGUUUUGUUUGAAACCCAACACUCCCUGCAACACUGGGGGGGCUGGGCCGUUAAAAUGAUGUAAAAGGAAGAGUGGUUUAGGAAUCAGGAUGGGAAGCAGGAUGGAAUAGUGGUUAAGAAGCCAGAUCCAAUGACAUUCAUUUCACAGUCUUGACAUUAACUGCCCACCUGUCAAGGCCAGUCAACCGCGGCGAUGCUCAUUAGCACGCUGAGCCGGAGAAAAAGUGCUUUUUUUUUUUUUAGGUGUGUAGGGGAUCCAAGUGACUGGCUGUUGCAAAACAGUGAAAAGUCACAUGCCCUGUAACACGCUCAUAUUGACUUCUUUCCAUGUGUUCCUUCUAAGGAGCUUUAGCUCUUACAGUCUUAAAAUAAGUCAUGCUCCGCUAUAGGCACACGUCAUGUGACUUUUACAUCCAUCUUUGGACAAACAAAAAUGUCCUUCUUUGAACCUCAUGUCAGACUGCGGGGACUUUUUGACCAACAAGAAUCGUUAUGUUGUUGUUCUGCAAUGAAAAGAAAGCAUGUAAAAAAAAUAUCCCCAAUGAAUUUGGAGACAACCACUGACAGUGGCCAGUUUGUUUUCAUUUCACAGGGGGCCCUGUAGACAUGAAGUAACACCCGCACAGUCACCUUUACACUCCUCUUCUUUGUUUACAACAACUCAAGCUCUUAUGCUGCAGGGACUCGAGGCGGCUGCUAGCGAGCAAGCUAGUGAGUUUUCGAGCUAACAAGCUAACCAGUAAGCCUCAAAUGUAUUUCUUCUAAGCUUAAGCCAAAAACCUACCACUUCCACACGGAAUGGGAAGAGAACCUUUUUCCUCUUCGUCAUGUCGGACAUGCCAUGGCUGACUUUGUGACUUCAUGCAGAGAUAAGGUGACGUCUCAAUGUUUUGUGCCAUUACUGCCACCUAGUGACCAGAAUACCACUUGUAUUUCAAUAUGUUUUGAUUCAUACUAGGCCUUACAAAGUCUACCAUGAAAAAACAAUCACUUAUAAAUGAAUUCAUUUCUGAAAAACCACCAUAUAGCGAGGUAGCGAUACUAUUGUGAGGGACUGUACUGUCACAUACUGGCCCUUUGUAGGCAUUGUUGGAAGUAAUUAGCCAGUAAAAAGCAGCUAAAAGCUUGCACAAUCAGCAAGCGUCAUUGGUCACGGAGUGCCGUACUUGUGUCUCAGGCUAGUUCCUGGUUCCUCGCAGGACAAUGAACAGACGGGUGGUUACACCAACUGAAUUGUUGUAGUCACAUGAAAUUGUGAGAGUAUUAUUUCUGUGCCUUUAUCCAGAUCCCCAUCAACAUUUCAUGGGUUCCUCCUUACCCCAUCCCAUGCACCACUCUUUUUCCCAAGUGAGAAUCAGGUUAGUAUUUUCUGCUAACUCAUACUUCUAUUUCACUAGGUCAAAAAUGACUGCUGUGACUGCGAUAAAGGGCAACAAAGCUCAAAGUGGCUAAAGACCAUCUCCACAGUACUACAGGCUAGACUAGAUGCACAAACAUAAUAUCCAUCUAGACAGCAAUGUCAUCGAGCUCCCCACAGCAAGUUCCCCUUUGUCCUGGAUUGUCUGUAAGCUCCGUGCAUUUUUCUAUACGCCCUAUGUAUGGAGGGAUAAAAGAAGCGGGGGUGCCAGACAGACAUCUGUCCCACAGAUUUGGCGCGAUUGUAUCUGGGAGAUACGGAUAUUUAGACCCUUCGUAUGCAUUUAAGCACGACGCUGCCCGAGCUCAGGGUACAUUAAUGCUGAAGUGUAUCCAACUGUGACGUUUUCACAAUGAUCACUUGUGGUGUUGGAAAUGCCGCUGGGAAGACCAGAAUUGUACUGGCAUGCUUGUAUUUUAUUUUGAAAGCCUGACUUUAUCUGUGCUGCUGCUUUUUCAUUGAAGUUAAAACGUGGGAUAAAUACGGGAAGGUAUUAAAACGGGAGGGCGCGGGGAAAGACAGGCAUAUGCGGUUUGUUUCUUGCGGAAAAGGGGAGGGCUGACAUGCAUGCUGGGAGUGAAUGCUGAAAGCUGCUGUCGCUUAGCGGAAAUGACUAAGAAUACAUUGAAAAUUGUCGAUUAGUACGCCGUAGUACAUUAUAGUCAUCCCUCGUUGAUCGCGGUAACUGGUACCAGACCUGACAGUGAUAAGUGAAUUCAUAUGAAGUAUAAUUCUUUAUAUAUCAAAUAUGUUCAUAGUUAGAGCAUAGAAAGCCAGUUUAUGACCUUCUUAAUACAGUUUUUAAGAUUAUUAGAGCCCCCUUGACAUGAAAUAACACCCUUAAUCAGCUUGACAAUCGUACCCAAAAUAGUAAGCAACAUCAGAGAAAAUAAGACAUAAUGUAAACUCACACACGUUAGCAUUGGGAGAGUUACUUGUUGAUCCUUUCUUCCUUCCGGUUUCUGUACAGUACUUCCUGCGGUGGCGAUUGUCUCAACAAUGUAACAUAUUGUCACAUUGAUGACACCGAGUGACCAGUGUAGAAUACAACCGAUCAAUCUUUCGGUCUUUCAAUGCGUUUUCUGAAUGCCUUGCAUUUGUAUAUUUGUUUAUUUUGCAAUUUUUUCUGCCUGAAAAUGUUUAAUUUAGGCCAAAAAUAUCAGUACAGAGAUGAAAUCACAGUAUGUACUCUGACUUUGUUACUUAUUAAAAGUUGUUCUGAUUAUGCAAGGUGGCUGUUAUUAACUGGCGGGAGACGCAAUCAACUGCACUCAUUCAUUCAUUCCCAGACUGAACAUGAAACAUUAAGGGUGUCACGAGACACUCGGUUCACAAGACGAGACGAUACACGAGACUGGGUC